AUAAAAAGGGUGUUUUAGUGCCAUAUUUUCCAAACCAAAAACAGAGACAAUAAACACUUAACAGAGGUGAGUUUUAGUGUUCAUCAAUGGCGGGUGAGAUUCCAGUUGUGAGAUUUAGUUCACACAAUUUGCAGAGCGGAGGGAGGAAGUGGGGUUCGACGAGGGAGAAGGUCCGGGAAGCACUUGAAGAGUAUGGAUGCUUUGUAGCGUUGUACGACAGCGUUUCAAUGGAGGCGAGUUCUUUGAAGAUGAUGGAAGCCAUGAAGGAGGUGUUCGAAGUUCCAUUGGAGAGGAAGGUUCAGAAUGUGUCUGAGAAGCCUUUCCAUGGCUACUUUGGGCAGAACCCAUUGAUGCCUAUCCAUGAAAGUAUGGGCAUUGAAGACCCUCUUCUUCCCUCCAACAUCCAAUCUUUCUCCAACCUCAUGUGGCCCUCUCGCCCAAACCCUCUGUUCUGUGAAAACCUCAAAUCCUACGCAGAAUUGGUGUCCCAAUUGGAGCAGACGGUGAAGAAGAUGGUGUUCGAGAGCUACGGCCUCAAAAGCCUCUUCCUUUCACACACCCAAUCCACUAAAUAUCUUCUCCGGAUGAUCAAAUACAGAGUCCCACAUCGGAACGAGAUGAAUUUGGGGGCUUUCCCUCACACCGACAAGAGCUUCCUCACCAUUCUUCAUCAGAAUUCAGUAAAUGGGUUACACAUUAAGACCAGAGACAACAGAUGGGUUGAAUAUCAGCCUCCUUCUGCUGAAUCUUCUGCCAAAUCAUUCAUCGUCAUGGCUGGAGAUGCCUUCUUUGCGUGGAGCAAUGGGAGGAUAUAUUCGGCGCCACACAGAGUGACGAUGAGUGGAAACAGAGAGAGAUACUCAGUGGGGCUGUUUUCGUUCAACGAUGGGAUUGUUCAGAUUCCAAAAGAAUUGGUGGACGACAAACAUCCGCAACAGUUUAAGGCGUUUGAUCAUCAAGAUUACCUUCGUUUCUACAGCACUGAGAAAGGCCAAAGCUCCCCUUCUGCUAUUAAAGCUUAUUGUGGCGUUGCAAAUGGCCUCCUUGAUUCACGAACUUGCAUUCCCAUGCAUUAACUAUUAACCCAUCAAAUUCCCAUUUUCAGAUGCGCUCUGUGUAUAAAGUUAUGUAAUGAAUCUCAAAUUAGUAUAUGUUUGACAAGAUCAAAUUGUGUAGCUUGAUCUUCUAUUUGACAAGAAAUUGGCUAACGUGUAGUUUUGAUUGUUUCGAGUAUAUGAGUGAGAUUGGGACGUUGUGUGCUUGGGCGUUGACAAAGGGUUUCUUGACGAAUCACCCCGACAAACCUCCCCCAACAACUUUUUUCAUCGGGAGAGACUUUGCUUACAAUGUUCUUACUUUUCGACACUUUUUAGCAUUAGAAAAAAUUUAUAUUCUUAGGCUAUUUAUGAACCGCUCAAGUCCACCACGAGUAGAUAUUGUUCUCUUUGGAGAGGUUUCCACACCCUUAUAAAGAAUGUUUCGU